AUGCACCGUCUGGUUCUGAGGGAGCAAAACAGAAAAUACGAAGGACGAUUUGCCCUGAAAAAUAUAUCAAUAGAAAAGGCAAUUGAAAUUGGACCAAUUGAGAUACUGAGGAACUACGUCCAUUGGAACGAAGGAGAGGUGGAACACACAGUUGACGACUUCAUUGGGGAUCUGUCGAUGUUCAUCAAACAGAACGUGCUCUAUGGCUGGUUCAGAAUAAACGGAAACAUCUUUACGGCUGGGACAGAGGAGAAGCAACGCGUAUACCGUGGGGAUCUCUUUAGAGUGUUUUUGGGAAUGGAUGGCCAGGAAGUACGAGACACAUUUGGAGAACAAUAUGCAGUAGGAGGAAUUGUAUUGGAUGACGCAAUAAAACUAGAAUUCAAUGACGUAAUAUUGGUUAUAAGGUUCCCAGUGGAAUACAAGGCGGAGUUGAAGACGAAGAAGGGGUUCUACAGCUCGUCAAAGAUGGAUUUGUUGCGCAGGAACGAGUUGGAUACGAUCAGAAACGACGUCUUCAAAAAGGAGCUGAUUGAGUACCUGAAUGUGUUCAAGAAGUCUGCAUUUCUGAGAAGCAAGAGGCUACUCAAAUUCAGGAGGCGGUUUGAGAUACAGUUUGGAUUCACAUUCAUAACGGCACAAACCACGUCAUUGCAACCAGUCACCCUAUUCCACUACGUUAUACCAAACAAGAACAUUUCUAACUUAGAUUGUAUUGAAUAA